AUGUUCCUAAUGGGCUGGUGUGAUGCUUCAAACGGCGCGCAAUUACCUUAUAUCCAGAAGUACUACGAUCUACAGUAUCUACAAGUAGCCACCUUGUUCAUCUCGAAUUUCGUUGGCUGGGUCUUGAGUGCUGUCCUGAACCCUUGGCUUACCGACCGACAGGGUCUAGGCAGAGCUCUCAUCGUCGGCGGCAGCCUGCUCAGCGUUGCCGAGGCCAUCAUUGCUGCUGCUCCCCCCUUCUUUGCUGUAGCCCUAGCCUUCGUCGUUGUCGGACUCGGCAUUGGCGUCCUCGGUGCUUCGACGACGAGUUGGGCCAGCGGCCGACCUGAUCCGACAGUCAAGUUGGGCAUUACUCUUGCCGUGUAUGGGUUUGGGGCCUUACUGGCCCCUAUUGCUGCUGGGGUCUUGGCCAGGGCUGAGGUCUUGUGGUCCCGCUUUUACCUGGUCUCCCUUGGUCUGUGCAUUCUGUGCACCGUCAUGGUGGCCAUUGCUUUCAAGGGCGAAAGUGAGGAGAGCUGGUAUGCAAGGCGAGCUGCCUAUAAAGUGGCCGUACGUGACACCCAUAGCCCCUUGGCGAACUUGAGCAUCAACUCUCCCGCAGCAAAUUCUAGGACAGGUGCGCAUGAGCCUGUCCAUGCGAUGGAGAGGCGAGAUUCCCUUCCUCUUCCUCUUCCUCUUCCUCUUCCUCUUCCUCUUCCUGAAAGGCAUCCAAACGCUGCGCUUCGAUCAAGCACAGAUGCAACGCACGAAUCUCAAAUGAGUCCCCCAGGCGAUAGCCCUGGCCAUCCAGUCGAGAGAAAUCCCAACGACGCUCGAUCGAUGACGAUGGCGGACGGGACCGAGGCGAUCCGAAUGGAAGAGCAGCAGCGUCCACAGCAGGUGCUGAGAAACCGACGAGGGAACGCUUCCGAAGAAUCAAGAGAGCCAGCGACAGGAAGCUAUCCGCACACGGCAGCCAAGUUCAGGGGUUUGUCUCGAUUCAAACUCAUGUGGAUCAUCUCCGCUUUUGCCUUCGCCAAUACGGGCACAGAAGUGGCCAUCGGAGGCUGGACGUCCUCUUACCUUCGAGACUAUCGAGGCAGUGGAGGGGAAGCUGAAUGGAUCGUCAGCUCGUUCUGGGGCGGUGUAAUGGUAGGCCGUAUUGCUCUGAUACCGGUCAGUCGCCGGAUCGGCGAGCAGACGGCCAUCUAUACCUACCUUGUUGCCUGGCUACUUCUUGAGGUCGUCGUGUGGGUAGUCCCAAACCUGAUUUCGACAGCGGUAGCGACCGCUUUGGCCGGCCUAGUUCUAGGGCCAUGUUUUCCAAUCGUGGCUUCUUUGACCACUCAAUUCGUUCGGCCGCGGGCUUUACAUACAGCAGCUCUUGGACUAGUCACCUGCUCAGCACAAUCGGGCUCCGCAUUCUUCCCAUUUGUCGUCGGCCUAUUGGCUCAAGCCAAAGGAGUGAGGGUGCUUCAGCCUUUUGUUGUUGCUUGUCUGUCUGCUCAGAUCGGCGUCUGGGGAGACACAGUAGUAGCGCCCAGCGGAGCCAAGAUUGAGGUCAAGAUCAUCUGGCUCUAG